AUGACUCUCCAGUCUGAGAAUCACAAAAUCAAAGAUGAAUUCAGUGAUCUCUUUCCUGACGACAUUUCACACCUCGAUGAACUUCCUAUGGACAUCGACCAUCAUUUCGUCCUCAAGGACCCCAAUAUGUUUAUCCAGCGCUGUCAGUAUGACUGUCCGAAGAAAUAUCGAGAAGCUUGGAAGCAACUUCUUGAUGGACACCUUCGCGCGGGUCGUAUGUGCCCCUCUGAUAGCCCAUAUGCCUCACCCGCCUUUCUUAUUCCCAAAGCUGACCCUACAGCCCUUCCCCGUUGGGUUAAUGACUAUCGUGCACUCAAUGCGAACACCAUCCCGGACAUGCACCCCCUCCCUCUCAUCAGUGACAUCCUCGCUGACUGCGCCAAGGGUAAGAUCUGGGGUAAGAUCGACAUGACCAACUCCUUCUUCCAGACCCACGUGCAUCCCGAUGAUGUAAAGUACAUCACUGUAACUACUCCCUUUGGACUUUACGAAUGGCUGGUAAUGCCACAAGGUUGCCGGAAUGCGCCCUCUACACACCAACGGCGGAUGUUUGGCGCACUCCACCCAUUGAUCAGUACGAUCUGCCACGUAUACCUUGAUGACAUCGUCAUUUGGUCGCAGACUCUCGAGGAACACAUUCGUAAUGUGCGCACAGUCCUUGAGGCACUUUGCACACACCACCUAUACUGCUCCGAUAAGAAGACCUCCCUUUUCCUCAUGGAGCUCUCCUUCCUAGGUCAUGUCAUAUCACAAGAUGGCAUACAGCCCGACCCACAGAAGGUCGAGAAGAUCCUAAACUGGUCCGUGCCAUGCAGCGCAUCCCAAGUUCGGGCCUUCCUCGGGCUCGUCCGCUAUAUAGCACCAUUCCUCCCCAAACUUGCCGACUUCACGCACAUUCUCAACCCUCUCACUAUGAAGGAUGCCGAGCUCGAUUUUCCGACGUGGACAGAAAGCCACCAAGCAGCCUUCGACAAUAUUAAGACACUUGUCUGUAGCCGUGAAGUCCUCACCUCCAUCGAUCACGAUAACAUGGGCAACAAUAAAAUCUUUGUAUCUUGUGAUGCCAGCGACUUCCGCACAGGUGCGCUUCUUUCAUAUGGUGAAUCAUUGGAGACCGCUCAUCCGGUAGCCUUCGAGAGCUGCACCCUCAAAGGUGCAGAACUUAACUACCCGAUGCAUGAGAAAGAACUUCUCGUGAUCGUGCGUGCACUUAAAAAGUGGCGCAUCGACUUGCUUGGUGUUCCCUUUACUGUCUACACUGAUCACCACACUCUGGAGAAUUUCUUCCUCCAAAAGGAACUCUCCAGGAGACAAGCCCACUGGCAAGAAUUCCUCGUGCAAUACGACUUUGACAUCAAGUAUAUCAAAGGCGAGGAAAACAUCGCUGCAGACGUCCUCUCACGCAUACCUGCUGACACUGUCAUUAUCGACCCUUCUGCAUGUGUCACUGUCUCACUCAUACACAUCACGACACAAUCACUCUGUGACAUUCCGAAGUCUAUUACCGCAUUCGCCUUCACCGCCAGCCGACUAUCGAUCGCCGCAGACCCUGCGUGGCUCUCGGCACUGCGCACGGGAUAUGUCCAAGACAAGUGGUGCCAAAAUUUAUGCUCCACCUCUGAAUCCCUCAGUGUUCGUGAACAGAAUGGCCUCCUUUACGUUGGCGACAGACUUGUCAUUCCUUGA